ACUUAAGUGCACAAAGAUGAAGUCCUACGCGUGUUUAUUGGUGCUCAGUGCACUCAUCUAUUCUGUUUUGGGACAGGAAAAUUUCAAAUGUCCGGACGAUUUCGGAUUCUACCCACAUCACACCUCGUGCGAUAAAUACUGGAAGUGCGACAACAACGUCGCCGAGCUCAAGACGUGCGGAAAUGGGCUUGCUUUCGACGCCAGCGAUCCCAAAUUUUUGACUGAAAACUGUGAUUACAUCCAUAAUGUCGACUGCGGCGACAGGACGCAGCUUGAACCGCCAAUUUCGUCGCCGCACUGCGAACGGCUUUACGGAAUCUUCGCCGAUGAGAGCAAAUGCGACGUGUUCUGGAAUUGCUGGAACGGCGAAGCUUCCAGGUACCAAUGCUCACCCGGACUGGCCUACGACAGGGAAGCCAGGGUCUGCAUGUGGGCCGACCAGGUCCCAGAGUGCAAAAAUGAAGAAGUAGCUGGAGGCUUCACCUGCCCCGCCCCCGGCGAAGUGAGCAACUCGGGCUCGUUCUCCCGACACGCGCACCCCGACGACUGCCGCAAGUACUACAUCUGCCUGGAGGGCACCGCUCGCGAGUACGGCUGUCCCAUCGGCACCGUCUUCAAAAUCGGCGACGCUGACGGCACCGGAAACUGCGAGGACCCGGAGGACGUGCCCGGAUGCGAGGACUACUACGGCGAUUUGGACUUGAAAAGCAUCCGCAAGAGCGAGCUGUUGGCCGGGCUCCAAAGCAGCGGAUCCUCGAGAAGCCACCAGCCCGCGACGAAGAGCAAGCCCAGGCCGGCCCCCGCGUCGCGCAACGCCCCCGAACCCGCCGAUAAUAAUUAAUCCAUAAACCUCAUCACCCGUAACCUCAUAUCUAAUGGCAGACCGUCAUUCGGUAGACUGAGAUACUCACUUUUGUAUUAUUUAAUUUAAUAGAAUUUAAGUUUAAGGUCCGGGUAUCUGCUUUAACCGACUGACCUUCUGUUCCUAUAUUGUAGAUUAAUUUAAAAUGGUUCAAAACUCUACUUGCUAAAUUUGUUCAUUCUCUAUGCCACGGUACAAAAAUACAUUUUUUAUAAGAAAUAAAAACUGUUUU